AAUUUGCUCUAUUUAUCGUUCAUUUCCGUUUGUGCGAUCGACCGACCAGUGGUGUCAUGUUGGGGACGUUGAAGAAUCGGAUGCUGGAAGGCGGAAAGCAGCUCAAGAGCACCCUGGAGGAGCAUAGCGCAGAGAUGAACAAGCAGCGCAUCCAGAUGAACAUCAACAUGAACAGUGCGUCCGAACGGUUGACGGCGGUGGCGGCAGCCGCGACCAACGUUGUCUCGACCGUCGCCAAGUCGACCACAUCUGGACCGACAACACCUGCUUCGGUCCUGGGGACGAAGGAGCCAGAUGAAGUGGCGGGGGGACCUUUCUUCGCUUCCUUUGUACAUCGACAGCAACAAGUCUUGGUGGGACAUCACGCGCUCGUGGAGACCGGGGAGAAGCUGUCGGACGUAUUCACUACGACGCGACGACGGGUCACGGCAGAAGCUCAGAGCGUGAUGUUCCUCCAGCACAACUUUCAAAACAUUGCGCACAUCAAGGACGGCAUUCGAUCCAUUCGGAACUCGAUUGCGUCGUUGGUCACGCUCAUGGAAGAAGUCGAACAGCUGCUCAUGUCCAAGACUGAAGAGCAAUUGGUGAUUGAGAACGCUACAUUUGCCAUGGAGCAGCAAACAGAACUAGAACAAUUCGAGCACAUGACGUUGGUGGAGAAGCAGCAGCGAAUGAACCAACGUUAUGUCGAAAGGCAACGGGCGUUGGGCGACGCGUUCGCCAAAGACCUACACACAUACCACACGAUAGUGACAUACCAAGGUCAUGCUCCCGUGCUAGGUACGUACAGUCAUGUCCAAUAGAUAUAUAUAUAUUGCGCCGCCAUGGUUGUGAAUGAAGGGAGUUUGUAAUAUAUUAGCGAGCCAAAACUAUGACGUGGGAUCGCUCGAGUCGAUUGAGAUGGCGAUUCAACCGGAUGAAGAUUUGGAGACGUUUUACAACGACGUGGACGACGACGUUCCGACGUGGCAACUCACAGAGCAUGACGAGUCCAGUGAGGUGUCGGCAGUGUUGCAUAACUACGACGAGGAGAAGAGCGGAGAUGAUGAAGAAACCAAGAGCCAAGGAACGGUGCCUGAACUCCCGUCCCAAGUGCCGACGUCAGAUGGCAAUGUUAGCCACCCCAACGAACAAGAUGACUGAGAGCUGUUGUUAAAUGAAUAUUGUUUAUUCUAAACUGGA